AGGUGGCCCACCAAAUGUAAGGCCAAUCAGUCAUGUGAGCCCAAAUUGGCCGAUGCUUUUUGACUUAAUGGCCGUUGACGUUGACGUCGACGUCGUACGCCGCACCGCCAAACUCGAAAACUCAGCCUUGUAAACAAACACUUUCCCUUUCUCAUCAGCAUCCUCUUUUUUUUUUUUGAAUUACCAUCAGCAUCCUUUUUACUCUCUCUCUCUCUCAUGGCGAUGCUUUCUACUGCUUCCGUCCCGGAGACCGUCAUGACGGUGGACUCGUCUGCGUCUGGAUUCGCUUCUACGGAGGUCGUUUCCGAUCUCUCACCAUCGUCACCCGACGGAUCGCGCUCUAGCGACUCACCUGAUCGCCAUGACCCUUCCACUUCUUCUCCAAGCCCUAGUCGUGGUGGUGAAAAUCAGUCCGAAGUCAUAUCGAGGAGUGAAGAGUAUCGCCAAUUAUUUCGGCUUCCAGCCGACGAAGUCCUUGUUCAAGAUUUCAACUGUGCUUGUCAGGAGAGUAUUCUUCUCCAGGGUCACAUGUACCUCUUCAUUCAUUAUAUCUGCUUUUACUCCAACAUCUUUGGCUAUGAGACCAAGAAAAUUAUUCCUUUUGCGGAAAUAUCUUGUGUUAAACGAGCAAAGACUGCUGGUAUUUUCCCCAAUGCCAUUGAGAUUUUAGCUGGAGGCAAGAAGUACUUUUUUGCUUCAUUUCUUUCCCGCGAUGAAGCUUUCAAGCUUAUCCAUGACGGAUGGUUGGAAUAUGGUAGUGCUGUCAAAGCACAAGGCGGGAUUCAGGAUUCUUUAUCGGAGCCCAACAACCAUGUAAAUGAUGGAGCUGUUAAAAGGGCACUCAGUACCAUGGAUUUGGCGAAUGAAAUAGAUUCCCCAUCAAGGGAUGAAUCACCUCGUCUUUCAGGCAGUUCCAGUCUUCCUGUUAUUAGUCAGAGUGGCCUUUCACCUUCAUCUGUUACUGUUCAGCGGCACGCAGAGCCAGUUGUAGAUAUUCUGGCUUCCUCUUCAACCAAUACUUUGAACUGGAAGCCUGAAGACUUAAAUGCACCAAAAUUAUCAUCUGAUUUUACAAAGGUAGCGGAGGCAAAGUUUUCGAUUCCAGUAGAAGAGUUCUUCAGAUUGUUUUUCUCAGAUGGUGCUGUCAGCUUUGUUGAAUCUUUCCAUAAAAACUGUGGAGAUAAAGAAUUUAGGUGUACCUCUUGGCAACCUCAUGAAAAGCUUGGACACACUCGCAAUGUCUCAUUUCAGCAUCCGAUAAAAAUUUAUUUUGGUAAUAUUUUUGUUUCCUUUUACAUAAAUUCAGUUACAUUUUAUACUAAAUAUUGCUGUUGGAUUUCUUUCAAAGGUGCAAAGUUUGGUGGCUGCCAGGAGUCACAGAAAUUUCGGAUGUACAGAGAUAGUCAUCUGGUUAUUGAAACAUCACAAGAGAUCACCGAUGUGCCUUAUGCAGAUUACUUUACUGUAGAGGGGGUUUGGGAUGUGAAAAGAGAUUGCCGAGACUCGAUAGAAGGUUCAAUAUUGGAUGUUUAUAUCAAUGUGGCCUUCUCUAAAAGAACAGUGUGGAAAGGAAAAAUAGUGCAGUCUACAUUGGAGGAGAUUAGAGAAGCGUAUGCAACAUGGAUAAGAAUGGCACAUGAACUGUUGAAGCAGAAGAAACUGGAGAACCAAGAAGGGAUGAAGUUGAGUGAGGAAGGUGCGGUGCUAUCAGCAAUCGAAGAAAGUGUAUCUGAAUGUGAAGAGCAGAGGGUGGAGAUGGUGGGAGGAGGGGGUGGGGUAGUAAAUAUCUUAAGGGAAGCAUUGGUGAAUGUGAUAUCAUUUGUGAAGAGGCAAAGCGGGACUAGGCAGGCUUUAGUAAUAGCGUUUGCAGUGAUUCUACUGAUGCAGGUUACUAUAGUGGUGCUUCUGAAGAGAGGACCGGAGCAAGUGCAGGUGGGGAGUGAAUAUUACAGCUACGACAAGAGUGCAAUUGUGGAGAGUGUGGGAUGGCUGGAGAAGAGAAUGCAUUUCCUAAGAGAGGAGAUGAUAAUGGUUGAGGAUCGGUUGCAGAGAAUGCGACAGGACCACGCUGCCUUGAAGGCUCACCUCCACCAACUGGAACGCCUCCUCCGCCACCACCAAAACUAGAUACGACGCUUUGUGCAGACGGAUAUGUAUAUAUGUAUGUAUGUAUCGAUGCAUUUUAUGUAUCUGCAAGCAGUGUUUCGAAUGUUACUUUCAGAGUUAUACCUACGUUACGCCUAUGAAAACAGAGAGGUUAACGAAAUGAAUCAGCACGGAAACUGAUAAUUUUAAUUUUAA